AUAGUGUCGGGCAAAGGACGCGCGCCAAUAUCCAUCCACCUCCUCCCUACGUGGUCUACGUAAGAGCCCCUCUGCUUUAAAGCGGGGACUGUUCGCAGAACGGUCACCACAUCUUAGCAGCUCUCAGUACACGUCUACGCGUCUUGCACAUUUUUAACAAGCAAUUUUAUCUAAACGUUUGAUUGUAAUACCAAUAUACUCAACGUACGACCGACAUUUACGCAACAUUUUUUUAUUUUUAUUUUUUUUUAUUGGAGCUAAGACCUUUCUUUGGAGCUCUUCCCGACGCACUUUACAGAAAGCAAAAUGAUGAACAACCGGGACCGCUGGAGGGUGUACAAAAGGGUGAGCCUCAUGUUCAUCUUUGCUGUGCUGGCACUGACUGUUGUCCAGCUCGGAAGCAUCAAUAUGGGUGCUCCCUUUGAACUAGAGAGACAGGCCCGUAUGCAAUCAACUGCUGACUACGAUGAGAAACAGGACAACAGCUUUAAGACAUUCUGGAAGUCAAGCAAGCCAGCACCUACAGAGAGUACCACUGUUACGCAUGACAACCGACUAACCACCUGGGAUAUCGCAAGCACCAACUGUAGUGCAAAUCAUAACCUGUCAGGCCAAGAGUGGUUCAAGGGGUUAGAGGCAAACUUCAAACAGUUCCUGCUUUACCGGCAUUGUAGAUAUUUUCCGAUGACUCUCAACCACCCAGAAAAAUGCUCAGGAGACAUCUAUCUACUUAUGGUCAUCAAAUCAGUUGCUACCGAGCACGACCGCAGAGAGGUGAUCCGUAAAACAUGGGGAAAGGAGCAGGUGGUGGAUGGAAAGCGAAUCAAAACAGUUUUCCUUCUCGGUAAAUCUUCAAAUGAGGCAGAGCGGGCCAACCAUCAGAAGCUCUUGGAGUAUGAGGACUACAUCUACGGUGACAUCCUCCAGUGGGACUUUCUGGAUAGCUUCUUCAACCUGACCCUGAAAGAAAUCCACUUCCUAAAAUGGUUCCACACUUACUGCCCAAAUGUGCGCUAUGUUUUCAAAGGCGAUGAUGAUGUUUUUGUGAGUGUUCAGAAUAUUUUUGAGUAUCUUGAAAUGAGCAGCCAGGUGAAAGAUAUGUUUGUUGGGGAUGUGAUUUUCAAAGCUAAGCCCAUUCGCAAAAAGGAGAACAAAUACUACAUCCCCCAUGCUUUGUACAACAAGAGCUUCUACCCGCCGUAUGCAGGCGGUGGGGGGUUCCUGAUGGAUGGGCCCCUGGUUAAGAGGCUUCAUGUUGCGGCAGAUACCUUGGAGCUCUAUCCCAUUGAUGACGUGUUUCUGGGCAUGUGCCUGGAGGUGCUUAAGGUUACGCCCACCAAGCACAAUGCCUUUAAGACGUUUGGCUUGGUGAAAAAUAAAAGCAGCAAGUUGAACAGAGAACCUUGUUUGUUUAAAAGCAUGAUUGUAGUGCACAAGCUGCUACCCACGGACCUAAUUCGCAUGUGGAAUCUGGUUAAUAGUGAUCUGGUAUGUUCCAAGAAGGCACAAAUGCUAUAGCUUUACGAGAACAUUCGGACUUGAGAUAGAACUGCUCCUUUGAUUAUGUGGACAAAUAUGACAUAUCAAACUGCUGUCUAAGUGGACUACCUGAAGGAGCUCAUAAGUAAAUUAUGAACUUUUAUUAGUAUUUUUAUUGGCAAUUGAAGGACUUUUAAUUAAUUUUAUAGGUGGAUUUGUAAGGAGAACAAACUACAGUAGCUGCUUAUCCAGUUGCGUGACACUGGACUUUUUUGGGUUAAUGUUUUUGAUAAGCCUCCACCCUGUUCCAUCCGGAAUUUCCAAAUACUUUAAUAUUUAAGUUCUUAAGGUUUUUUUUUUUCUUUUCUAUCCUCUGACAAACUACUGUAGACUUGCAGUUAACAAAAAAAAAAACCCAAAACAAAAAAAAAAAAAAAAACAGCCCGCAUGAAUCCAACAAUGUGAAUCUGUGAUAAUCUAUCCUUCGGUCAAAUGGUACAGAAACCAUUCAUGCAUUACUUUUAUGUGUCGGUUUGUUGAUGUUCUGACCUGAGGGAAAUUUCUUGUUUCCUUUCAAUAAUAACAUAAUUUUAGACUGUGCCAAUCAGUUUUGUUCAGUGAAACAUAUUGCAAUUAAUAAGGGAGAAAACAGUCUACCUCAAUGCAGUAGUAGAAAUGAAAGAUCUUAAGUGUUGGAACAUUACAGGUUUCAAAUGCAUUAAUGGUGGCUUUUUUAAAUAAUAGAGAUUCUUGCACUUGUUUUUAAAUUGAAUUGGACUGGACUACUGCCUUUUUAUGUUUAUGUCUGUGUGUAUGUGCUAAAAUACUUGACAUGUAUUUGGUAGUGGGUUUACCAUUAACACUGUGAACUGUUGAUUGCUGGUACGAGAUAAUUUAAUUACAAGAGGCCAAUAUAGAAUAAGAUAAUAGAGAUUAUGUGAUUUUUUUAUUUUUUAGAAUGGGUGGUGAUUAUGUCUUCAGAGUUUAUGUAAAAAUGUACAUAUUUGUAAAUAAAUGUCUUAAACCUUUA